UGUCAACGCAGGUGAAGAUAGAGUGGUGGGGUGUAGCUUCCAAAGUCGAGCUCGCCGGAAGCUUCAAUGGCUGGCAGCACUUUUUCGUGCUGGAGCCCGAUCUUUCGUCCGAGAUCGUCAAACCAGACGGAUCAAGAGGUCCGUUGUUGUGGGAGACCGAGCUAUGGCUUUAUCCUGGCGUGUACGAGAUGAAGUUCGUCGUAGAUGGCGAAUGGCAAAUAGAUCAUAGGCGAGAAGUAUCGAUGAAAAGCAUGAACCAAAACAAUAUCCUCCGCGUGGAGCUGUGAAACAUAGAAUGGCGUGGAAUAUUCGCCGGCAUUGACGCAGUCCGGCGGCAUUCACAUAUAAUGGGAAAAAACUAGGGCGGCUGUGAUUCAAUCGAUCGAUCGAUCGAGGAAGCGCGAGAGGGAAUGGCGGCGGGCGUGCAAGGGCAGCUCCUCGAUAUCAAUGUUCUAGGAUGCAGGAAUUUGAGAGACAAGGAAUGGCUGUCGAGGCAGGAUCCAUACGUUGUGAUCACUUAUGCCAGUAGCAAAUUGAGGACAAAGACCGACACAGAUGGAGGAAGAAAUCCGUCCUUCAACCAGAAGUUUGUGCUGCCUCUCAUCGAGGGGCUCCGUGAGAUAAACGCGGAGGUGUGGAACAGCAACACGCUUACAUUCGAUGACUUCAUUGGCUCUGGAAGGAUACUGCUGGACAAAGCUCUCACCACGGGCUAUGAUGAUUCAACGUGGAACCUGACAUCAAAGAGUGGAAGAUAUGCCGGAGAACUGCGGGUCAUUCUACACUUUACGAAAACGCCAAAACCAGUAGCUCCGAUGGUCUCGUCUCCAUAUGCAGCGCAGCUAUACUCCACGGCUCCACAGCCUUAUCCGUACGCUGCUCCACCA